UAGUCACAGGAGUACGAUAUUCAGCCCCUCCUUUGGCAGCAUCGGGUAGAGAGAGGCAGAGACAGGCAGCCAUUCGCGGAAAUAUGUUCUCUCGUUCCCUCCUCGCCGCUCGCAAUGCCGUCAAGGCCCGAGCUCCACGACGCUCCAUGGGGUAUGUGACGGACUACAAGCCUCCCAGCAUGGCUGACCUCCCUGUACCUCAGGGCUCCUGGCAGGAUGCUUACAGUGCCAAGCAGAGGACAUACAACCUUCAGCUCCUCGCUGGAGUUGUGACCCUCGGUGGCACCAUGGGAUACCUGGUCCAGUCUGAUGCCCUUAACUUCUGCUGGGGCCCCAAGAUUGGAAAGUAGAAACGAUUCUCUUCUGUACAUAGCACUAAAAUGGUCAUCGCUAGGAAAAGGAUAAGCUGUUGCCUGAAGUCUCCUAUGGGCACAUAGGAGUUGGUUUGCUAUCAGAGUAUCUUUGUAAAUACUAACUCGUGGUAUUUUUAUUUAUUUCAUUCCAAGAUUUUCUUUUAAAAGUGAAAUUAAACCCGGUUGAAGUAC